CGAUAAAACGACAUUAUACCCGUAUUCCACUGUCAUAUUUGCUAGGGACAAAAAUAUGGUGUGAAUCCCAAUCCCAUAGGAUUGUCACUAUACAAACCAAUAACAUAUUAGCUAUGAAAAAUACAUUCUUAUUAAUUUUUUUUUUUGGAAAUUUACAAACCCAUAUCAAUUACUUUUUUCCCCCCUCUCAUGAGUCUCCACCUCUCACAGGUUCGCUUCUUUGGUUGCCUCUCCACCUUCAUCUGGCGGGUGCCGUCAUUUGUGCUUCCUUCGGACACCUAAAAAACUCACACAUGACAACCUAUACCAGGUAUAUGCUAACACUAGUGCCAAUACACGAAAAUCAAUAUCACUACGUAAAACCUAUAGUAAUACAACUACAAAAUUCAUGAUCAAUACACGGAAUCAAUAUCAAUACAUAAAAAACCUAUACCAAUACGCGAAAAUCAUUACCAAUACACAACAAUCAAAACAAGUACCAGAUCUCUGCCAUCAAGACUAGCAACGCAGGACAUCACCGACUAUUAAUACAUGAAAAAUACCAAUGCACGAAAAUCAAUACCGCCUCGACUGAUUGAUUCUAGCACAGUUUUAACUUUUAAGUUUGAAACCAUGCCUGGUAGAAGGGCACAUGAACUCACCGGUCUUCGUGAACCAGCUCGUGGAAUCGCUGUUAUUCAUUACCAGUGUUGCAUUCUUCGACUAGAUUGCAUGGGGAGAGAUGAGCCGACGAGGAAGUUCGGGGAGGCGACGUUGUUUGGGGAGUCGAGCAAUAUUGUUCCGGCGAGUGAAGGACAAGAGAAGAUCAUUAGAAUACGAAGGUGGACGUUUGGAGGGCUUAUUUUUCGACGGAUGGAAAUGGUUGCAUCGUUGAUGUAUAAGGCAAACCUAGUGUUGAGAUGGACGGGAAGGGCUUGAUGAUUGGUUGGAAGAAUAUAUACUCGGAUCAAUUAUGCGACUGCCUGGAGUUACAGAGCCUUGAAACUCUGGUUUUCUCUAUUUGAAUAUGAUCUUAAAUAGAUCCAGAGAUUAUUGGAUAAUAUAAUGUACGUACGUCUCUAGCAGUUGACAAGUUCUUAGAGACGUAGGUUUGGCUCCCUUGUCUUAGAUUCUUUUAGCCGGCUUGGCCAUCGGUUUCAGGCUUUCAGCAACGGGAAUCGUCGUCUGAUGGCCGACCAUUGUAGAAGCAGACAUGCCUAAUACCCACAAGGGGACACAAAAUAACGAUAGUAGUAAGGGUAUUCUUUCUAAUUUAAUUUAACGGCCUAUGUUUCUUUGCAUUUAGGAUGGAAUUCAAAUUUCCUUUUUUCAGAGAAAAAUCAGAUUAAUCUUGCACUUCAAAAUAACAUUCAUUUGAUAUAUUUUAAGACGAAAAAAUUGAAACAACACUAAUCUAUACAGGGUUGGUAAUGUUUGGUAGUACAUAAGAUUAUACAUGGCGAUAUAGAAGAGCACCAUGAUUAUAUCAAUAUAUCAUAGUGUGGACGGUAGAAUUCUUGUAUACGUUAUACUAGGAAUAUACUAAUCACCUUUCAUCACUGUCUACCACUAGUUACCACCAUGUACACCGUGGUAUAGGGUGUUAUAUUUGGACAUGCAAUUUUCUUUCAGAAAUUUAUAGAUCACGAUGAACACGUUCAUUCUAUACAAAAUUUUCAAAAUUUGACUUACAAACAAUGUGAUAGAGAGUGGUACCAAGUGAUACCAGGGUGGUAUGAGAAAUAUUUUCUCGGAAUAUAUAAAUAUAUAUAAUAUAUAAUUUUGUAGAUCACAAUGAACUCAGAUAUAUUUGUGCAAAUAAUUUUAAAGUUUGAGUUAAAAAUGAAAAUACAAACCGAUUAAAGAAAUUAAUAAACUUUUUAAUCUCAUCUCUUAUAUCUGACUCACUCAAAAUCAAGCAUCCUAUAUUUUAAAUGCGCAUAAAAAAAUCCCUUCCAAGCAGACUUUAAGAUCUCCUUAAUUAUAUUUUAUAAAAUUUCAACAAGAAUGGAAGGUCAAAAUUCACAAUGAGGUGAGUCCCUUUGGGAAAUCCGAUAAAAUUGGAAACUCACAUCACAAUGUGGCCAAGAUUAAUAUAAAUCGUAAUAUAGAAUGAUCAUUGAUAUUCUCACAAAAAAAAAAAAAAGAUCAUUGAUAACGGAAUAUACCAAUGCUGAGACCUUUUAAUUUAGGAAUUACAAUGUUAUUAGUUACAAGGUGUUACAAGUGUACCUACAUUCAAAAGCUUUAUUUGUGCCAAGGUAUUGUAUUUCAAUUCUGGUUAACGUAGUGCAAACAUUUUUGUUUGACCAAAGAGUCGUGUUUAAGUUAUGUUAAGCUCUAUGCUAAUUAAUGAUCAUAAUACAAGAUUUGACCAAGUACUUCAUUUCAAGGGUUGGUUGAUGGCAUUGUAAAGAUUUGGGCUUUUAUGGAUUGAGAGAUCCCCGGUGGGUGGGAAUAGGUUAGGGUGGUUACUCAAUUUUGAGUAAUCACGGUGGCUACCAACAUCUAUACCAUUUAUUAUCUUUAUUUCAUUAUAUUUUUAAAUUAACGAUUAAGAUUAGCUAAGGGUAAUUUAGGAAAUGAAAAAACAUACCACACCUGAUUACUCUAUAUAUUAUACUCAAACCCUAAUACAACCCCACAACCGCCGCCGUGUCUCCUUUCUCCCUUCUCCCACAACCGCCGACGUCUUCUCCCUUCUCCCCCCUCCCUCCGACCACCCCAACCCCAGUACAGCUCUCAACUGGACCUCCCUCCCCCCGAUGGCGUCCCUCCCUCCCCCCUCCCUCCGACCACCCCAAACAAGCCAUUCGCUAGCAUCAAGUGUUCUUCCUGUUAAAUAUAAAUGAAUGCCAACGUUGGCA